AUGUCUCACCUAGUUCCCUAUUUAGUCACCCCUAAAACUAAACGUAUAGCGCGUUUUAUUGGAGGCCUAGCACCAGAAAUUAAGGAAAAUGUCAAGGCAUCAAGGCCUACCACAUAUAGGUCCGUGGUGGACUUAUCCUUAUCUCUCACCUUAGAUGCAAUCAGAAAUAAGUCUGUUAAGGCUUCUGGCAAAGGAAAAAGGGAAAGAGAGGAGGAGAACUCUCAUCGAUCUGACAAGAAGAAAAAGGGAAGUUUUAAGCGCGAGAAAGAUUCCGAGUUUAGGAAAAACUUGAGUCAGUCUAAUAACAGACCCAAAUGCAGUAACUGUAGAAAGCAACAUUCUAGAAAAUGUACGAUUGACCCACGUGCUAAACUGUGUGGAAUUUGCAAGACCAAGGGUCACAAGACUUUAGAUUGCAAGGAGUUGAAGAACACGACAUGUUACAAUUGCAACGAGGAGAGGCACAUCAAAACCAACUGCCCAAAACUUAUAAAGAAGCCUGGAGAGGCCAGGAAAACAAACGCGUGA